GUCAUUGUGAACAAACUGCAAAUUUGGUACACCAAACAAACUAGCAUAAUUCCAGUGUGGAUUAUACAAUGUAAAGCCAAACCGAUCACAACAUUUUCCCCUGAUGGACUUUCACAGAAGAUUGUUCUGGGUGUUUUGAAGGCAGGGUCUUCAAUGGUUGGUUGUGAAGAUCUAAGUAAAAAAAGCUGUUACUGUGGCAUAACUGGCCUUUGGAUCUGAAAAGUGGCAGCAGUGUCCUACUGAACCAAGAAGCCUCCAGAACCAUCUAAAAUAUCCGACAUACAGAGGGGAGUUCAAAUUAAACCUUGAAUGCUGAUUUAUUAGAGUGAGAAGUGAAAGAGCGGUUCUUGGGAGGGUAGGUGGCUGGAGCUGUGCCAGUCACGACUGGAAGGAGGAGAGAGGGAGCGAUAGAUAAGACGAGGAAGGAAAGAGCAAGGUUCCUUACAUUGCACUCCUUCCACUCUGCUGAUGCAUAGAAAAUGAUCCAAAGACUAACAGAUUGAAAGCAUUGCUCAGUGAUUCAAAAGGAGAGCAGUCAAGAAGUCAAAGACCAUGAGUUACAGCUGUGGCAAGCGACGCUAUAAACCUAUAACACGGACCACGUAAAAUGGGGACUAUGUUUGGCAUUAUGGUCCCUGAACAUCUGUGACUGCCCUCAAGACACUUUCCCCCCCAGAACCUGUGUCUUUGUAAUCCUAUUGGCCGUCCAUCUCCUGUGAUCAUUUUUCUUAUUUUGAGCCCUAACCUUUUUCAUUUCCCACCUUGAUCAAAACAAAUCCAGUUUUUGCUCAAAAAUGGCCUGCAGGUUCAGCUUAUCUUGUGCUUUUCCACCCUGCUUUCUCAUCCUCUCUCUCCCUAUUUUUCUCCUCCUCCAUGCACCUUCUUUUGUGAGGGGUGACUGCUGGCUAAUUGAGGGGGAUAAAGGCUAUGUGUGGCUGGCAAUCUGCAGUCAGAACCAGCCUCCAUAUGAGACAAUCCCACAGCAUAUUAACAACACCGUCCAUGACUUACGACUGAAUGAGAACAAGCUCAAAGCAAUUUUCUUCAGCUCCCUCAGCCGAUUCACCAACCUUACUGACCUCAACCUUACCAAGAAUGAAAUCUCCUACAUUGAGGAUGGUGCCUUCGCAGGACAGGCCAAUCUACAGGUCUUGCAGUUGGGAUAUAACAAGCUAACCAACCUCACCGAGGGGAUGCUGCGAGGGUUGGGUCGAAUGCAGUGCCUGUAUCUGCAGCAUAACCUUAUUGAGGUAAUUGCAACCAAUGCCUUCUGGGAGUGCCCAAGCCUUAGCAGUCUCGAUCUUUCCUCUAAUAAAUUAACAAGGCUGGAUUCAUCCACCUUCACUGUUUUGGGUGGACGGCUAAUAGUGUGUGAACUGGCUGGAAAUCCUUUCCAUUGUGGCUGUGAGUUGUAUGGCUUCCUUAUCUGGCUAGAGGCAUUUGACAACGUCACUCACACCUAUGACAGGCUCCAGUGUGAGACCCCAAAAGAACUUUUUGGCUACCCUCUCCUGAGUCCUAGAGGUAAUCAUGGAAGAAAUGCUCGUUCUAUCCUGUCAUCCAUGUGUAAAGAUGGAGUGAUUGUUGGUGGCAUAACAGCCCUGCCUCCUGACUUAGACUCUUCUGGGAUGGGGAUGGAUAUUUAUGAUCAGAUGGGACCUUAUCACCAGCCCACAGCUUCGUCAACCACAGACCCAACGUACAGCCCCACCAUUAAGUUACAAAUGGUCGCCCUCUCCUCCGCAUCCCUCUUGGUUCAAAUACCCAAGCCCUACAGUAAGAUGUAUAUUCUAGUGCAGUACAACCACACCUAUGUGUCAGACGUCAUGAACUUAAAGAACAAGAAAGAAAUUGUCAGACUAAACAACCUAAAGCCCCACACAAAUUACACCUUUUGUGUUGCCUCCAUUCGCAAUUCCCAGCGGUACAAUCACACUUGUCUGUAUUUUGCAACUCGGGAUCCGGGGCCUGAUAACUUGCGAGCAACCCCUUCUACCACCACCCAUUACAUUAUGACCAUUCUAGGCUGCCUGUUUGGGAUGGUCAUUGUGUUGGGCUUGGUGUACUACUGCUUGCGUAGGCGUCGAAUGCAGGAGGAAAAGGAAAAGUCUAUUAGUGUUAAGAAAACUAUCUUGGAGAUGCGCUAUGGGCCAGAAGCAGCUGCUGCAGUAGCGAAGGAUCCUUCGGCCUUGCAGAAACUCCAUGACCAGUCCCAUCAUCAACACCACCAUGGCAAGUUGUCCCAGUCAGCAUCCUCCAGCUUGGGCGUCCUCCAUAGUUCAGCCAAUACCACCUCUUCUCGACUUUCUUCCCUUCCACAAGUGGAGAAGAUGGCUACAGCUUUCUCAGAAGCCAUGGCCGCCAAUAAGGGCAACUACAUGGAUGUAAGAACGUCAGCAGGAGGAGAGGAGCGAGUAAGAGAUGGAGUUGUAACAGGGUCAGGGGAUGAAAUCACAAGGGAUGAAAAUGGGAUUAAUGGAGGAGAUGACUCUGAUGAUGAUGGCCGAGAUUCAACUUCGGAGAUCUCCACCAUUGCCAAGGAGGUGGACAAGGUAAAUCAGAUUAUCAAUAACUGCAUUGAUGCGCUCAAACUAGACUCUGUAGCUGUUGUGGCAGCAGCUGCGGCCACUGCAACUACAGCAGAUAACACUGCCUCUCCACCACCUCCUAGUGUCCCUUCAUUAGCCAGGGGGCUAAUUCCACUUUCCCCUACCAUCACAGAGACAUGCCAGAUCAUGUCGUCCCCUAAAAUCCGUCCUCCACCACCUGUUCCUCUUGUUUUGCCCCUUUCUGAGCGGCCCGGCAUCAGUGGAGGUGGGUUUCUCUCCCCUCCCUACAGGGACCCACCCCCAGCUACAGCAUCACGGCCAUUGCAGAGGCAACUCAGUGCAGAUGCUGCAGUUGUUCCUAUCAACUCUGUCAAAAAUCGCUGCAGCGUUUCUUCCGGUGGUUCUGUCAAAAGUGCUCGGGUCUUCAGUCUGGAUGUCCCUGACCCUCGAAGCACAGAGCCAUGCAAGUACCCUGAAAAAGGCAGCCCUGUUCGGUGCGGGGAGCCCAUGGAGAGGUUGCCCUUAAUAGGGGUUCAGGGAGUCAGUAAUGGCAGAGGAGAUGGUGGCAGCGGGGGUGGGGGAGCCGGUGGUGGCAGUGGUGGUUCGGGUGGGUGUGGGGUUGUGGUCGGAGGUGGGGGCAGCACAGCUCAGCAGCACCACUUGGAGGUGCACCCAGACUACCACUGCUCAGAGCACCGACACUCCUUCCCCGCCCUCUACUAUGAGGGUGCCACUGACUCCCCUGCCCAGAAAGUCUCCUUUCUAAAGCCUCUCACUCGCACCAAGAAGGACACUGCCUAUUCACAGCUUUCUCCCCGCCACCACAAUUACUCGGGGUAUUCCUCUAGCCCUGAGUACUCCUCUGAGAGCACGCUUAAAAUCUGGGAGCGCUUCCGACCAUACAAGAAAAGCCCCCGUGAGGAGGCCUACAUAGCCGCUGGCCAUGCUCUUCGAAAGAAAGUGCAGUUUGCAAAGGAUGAGGAUCUCCAUGACAUUCUAGACUACUGGAAGGGGGUGUCAGCACAGCAGAAACUGUGAUACUUGUGAGAGACUUGACAGCAGGAGGAGAGGUUGUGGAGAAAAGAACCGAUGACUCUUGAGACAGCUCGGCAGACUCCGUCAGCAGGUGCUUUGGUCCCUAUAGGCCACCACAGAGACAAGUGUUCUGAAAGAGACAGAAUUAAGCAGGUGUUCCAAGCUCAUUAAGGCAUAGAUAAGCAACCAACCAGAAAUGCACAGGAAAUGUGGCACUUAAAAAGGCAUACAGUUUCAGUUUAGAAUCCCUCCAUUUUACCUUGUGUACCACCUAUGCUUUCUUGCACUGUAGUUUGACAAGAUAAUAGUCUUAAAUGAGGAAUUAGUGGUUUUAUUUAACAAAUGCGUGAAUAUAGUCUCAAGAGAUGGUGGUAACUGACGCUUGUCAAGAUGAUUGUUUUGAAAUAUUAAUUAGCAAGAAGGAAAAAAGGAGAGUUUCGCUUGGCUGAAGCCACAGGUCAAAACAUGGAUACCCUGUUCCCUCCCAUUCCCUAAUGUUUGCUGAAGCAAAGCAUAUUCAUUGAUUGGAGACACCUACACAAAUUUUACACAUCAUGUGUGGGACACAGUUAUCAAACCAUAGGCAGCCAUUUGGACAUGCUUUAUAUUCAAGCAGUGUGGCAAUUCGAUAAAACACACAAUGCUAAUUCCUUUUUGGCAUUGGUUUGUGGCACAGCCACAAAAAUAAUUUUUUUUCUUCAUUUGU